UUCGCUUCAGUCUUCUUCAACUGCCGUUCGAGGAGGGGUCGCGACUUUUCUCCUGUCGCCGCGCGCGUGUCCGUCAUUCCGUCUAAGUAGGUUCGAUUUGGACCCAAAUUUUCCUGUUUUUAGACUGUCACCGCGGGGGAUUGUGCUACUAUUUCUGACCAGGCGUUGUUUUGUUGUUGAAGAAUCGAACCGCUCCUGUCAGACGACGCGGGGUUGUUCGGGGGCCAUUGUGUGUGGGUGUGGUGCGCGGGGGUGGACAAGACCCCCACCCCAAAACAGAAGAAGGUGCACGGGGCAGCCAGGGGGACCUCCCAUAAUUAUACACAAAAAACCAUAACAAGAAGAGUUACGAGAGAGUUGGUCUCGUCAGCAAUUUGCCAGAAAUCGCCUCCCUAAAACGUUCGACGAAGUCGCGGAAAUCAAUCCGAGCAGGCCAAGUCCCGAGUGUUUUUAGUCCGAGUUGCUAAGUGAGCGAAAUUAGUCAGAGUGUUGAGGGAAGAAGGAAAAAAAAUGGCAGAGGAAAAAAGGCCAACUUGGAUUGCCGAUGCUGAGAAGUUGGAGUUGCUGAAGAUGAAGGCGACGACGACGACGUCGGUGUGAAAGUGGUCCCACUGCGGGGAGCUGGAACGCGCGGUGUGCCGUGUUUAAAAACCGCGAACGAGCGUACUUAAACUAGAACCAAGUUGUUUUCGGAAUCCAGGCAGCGCAAUCGAAGCAGUCGUCAGUGAUAUCAUUGCUCAGAUAGUGCGCCGAGUGAACGUCGCGAUUAGUAAUCCAGUCGAAGCAACCGCAGCAAAGUUUGUUUGAGACCUGGAACACGUUUCCUGUUCGAAGACGACAACGACGUCAUCGCAGUUGGCGGGCGGCGUGACCAGUUCAAACGCAAGUGACACCACGCACGCAAGCGAAUAGCCAUUGCUGAGUCGAAGAAGCGGAAGAAGCGGUGUUUGGGAAUUUGCAUUUUCGGUUCCGUUCUGGUUGUGUUUGACGGCGGGGGCCCAGACAGGAACGGUUCCGCGUCGGUGAAAGUGCUGAAAGUGUGUGUGUGUGCGAUUUGUUUACGAAAACAUGCUUCGAUAGUCGAAAAUCGAAGAGUUGGGAAGAGGUUUUUUGUUCGGUUUUUCGAAGGAAAAUUGUGUCUGAAAAGGAAGCAAGAUGAGUGUGUUCAGUGAUUUCCAGCGGAUGUGGGUCCAGCGGUUCCCGCAGAGUUCGCUGUCGGACGCGUGGGAGCAGGACGUGCGGGCUAGUUUGGCCCGCCACAAGCAAAAGAUCACCGAACUGACGAAGGAGCUCGAGCAGGAAACGCUGUACGUGGAGUACCUGGAGCGGCUGCUGGGCGACGUGGAAAAGUACCGCGAUGCCGGCGGAGAUCCGUCGACGCUGUUCGAGGCCAACACGACGGCGGCCGUCUUGGGCAAGGACGAGGACAAGGAGAAGGACGGGGGAGCGGUGGAUGAGAACCAAAUCAUCAAGGCCGCUGCCGCUGCCCACCACGACAAAGGAACCAACGGCACGGCCGCCGAAGACGAUGGCACCGCCGACUCCACCAAAGACCCGGUCGCCCUCCGUCGGGACGCGCACCACAAGGACAGCGCCCUGAACCAGUGCAUCAAUGAGCUCACCUCCAACCUGCACCAGCGCCGGUGCGUCAGCAGCAGCGACGUUCCUGCGCCAACCCCAACCUCGCCCACCUCCAAGUCCUCCACCUCAUCCCCGACGUCCACGAUGACCAGCGGAGGAGCAGGCGGUCAGGUCGUCAACAGCAGCAGCCAACCGGACUCGGAGAGUGAACAAUCGAGCAGCAGAUCGCGAAGAUCCAGCCAAAGUGAAGCGCUCCUGUCGUCCCCGAGCCACUUUGUGACCGUCAUCGAGGUGAAGGAAUCUUCCGAGAAGACUCCCCAGGAGCAGGACCAGCCGCAAUCGGCGGCGACCAAACGGAACUCGGUCGCGCCAGCACUGCCCGCAAAGAGUAGCAGCGUAACUGCCGGUGACAGUUGUAACAACAACAAUUCUUCCCCGGCGGCGGCGGUUGCGCCGCUCCCGGUGGCCGCAAAUCCCCGGCCCAACAGCUACGAAAACGUCCUCAUCAACACGAACCGGGGCAGCUGCGAGAACCUCAACAAUAACAGUGUCGUCCACGGUGGGCACGUGAUUCAUCAGCAGAACAACAACUCGGAGCACAGUACGUUCCUGGAUAAUAAUGGGAGUGGUGGAGGCCAAGGGGUGGCCAAGUACCCGAAACCGUCGGCACCGCCCAUGACGAUGGGGUCGUCGAUUGCGGACCGGACCUCGCAGCUCAUCGGAAGCGGCGGCGGCGGCGCGCAGGAUCUCAAGAAGAAGGUGCCACCACGACCACCACCCAAGUACCCGCGCCGAGCGGCCCCGGUCGAACCUCCGGUCAUUCCGGCCGCGGCCAUGCAGAACCUGCGCCGGGACCAGCAGCAGCAGUCCUCGGACGGGACGCCGGACAGCUCGCUGGAGCGAAACCUCAAGCCGUCGGAGAUCUACCGGCAAAAGUCGUCGGACUCGUUGGACGUGAAGCUGCGCAGCUCGCGGACUGCUUCCGAGCUGGCCGAGGAGUUUGCGGGGCGGCCUCGGCUGCCCAAGUCGGACAGCUUAAAGUCCAAGUCCAGUACGGACAGUCCGACGGGAUCGCUCGGUAAGAACGUGGGCGCUUCGCCGACGGGAAGCUUGGGCAAGUUGGCGCAUACGGCUGGCAGUAGUGACAGUCCGACGGGGAGUUUGGGGAAGAAGGAGAGCAGUCUGCAGUCGGUUGGAUCCAGGGAAUCGCUGGCGUCGACUGGUGGAGGAGGCGGAAUGAGAGCCAUUUCGGAAAGGAUAAAGAGCUACGAGUCGAUCUCAUCGAUCAGUUCGGACAGUAUGCGCGAGGGAACGGGUGGAAGCAGCAGCGGGGCGCAGGUGGCCGAGCAGGAGCACUACUACGACACGGUUCCGCUGGAGAACGGGGAAGGGGACUACGUGUACAUCCAGGCGGGCGGUACCGGGUCCACGUCGAGUCGGGACGACAUUUCGACGGCCGGAAGCACGCUUCCGCUGCCGGCGUCCCAUCCGCGCAGUCACAACAGCAGCCAGACCAGCGUCCAGCUGGAGCCAGAAUCUCCGGGACGAAGUUCCAACUACGUCAACAUUGACUAUUUCAUACACAGCCAAAAUCACGAGAACCGGAGCAGCUCAAUCGACAGUGACGGCGAAGCGGACGGAGGCCCACCGGUGCUACUGCGUGCAAUCUCCAACGAGACCGAUUCCGGCCAGGCCGGACACGGUAUCUUCCGAAAGAUUUCCAAUGCCAACCGCAACACAAUCAUCCGGCACAUUGUGACCAGUAUUAUCACCAGCGAGACAUUGUACGUCGAGUGUCUGAACAAGAUGAAGCAAUACAUGAAGGCGAUCCGGGCCACCCUGACCACGUCGCAACCUGUGAUAUCUGAAGAGGAGUUUCAGACGAUAUUUUUUAAGAUCGAGGAGCUGCACGAGGUUCACUCGGAGUUUUUGGGCGAGCUGAAGGUGAAGCUGGGUCCACUUCCGGAGGGGGACGAUCUGUGCGUCGGCGAGGUGUUCCGCCGGCUGGCCGCGCACAUCCACCUGUACGGAGCGUUCCUGCACAACUACGGGCGAGCGAUCGACACCGUCAAGAAGUGCAGCACCCAGAGCCAACAGUUCAAGGAGAUCGUCUCCAACAUAGUGUUUAAGAACCAGAACGAACAGUCGCUGUCGCUGGAGGAACUGCUGCACAAGCCGGUGGCCCGCGUCCAGAAGAACGCCCUCGUGCUGGAAGAUUUGCUCAACCAAACACCGGAACAGCACCCGGACUACCACCCGCUGCGGCAGGCCACCAAAACAAUCCGGAACUUCCUGUCGGAGUUCAACGUAGUGCAGACCAAAUCCAUGUUUCCGAGUGACGACAAGGCGCUCCGCCGGCUGGUCAAAAACUCCUUUAUUGUCGAGCUGGCCGACGGCCACCGGAAGCUGCGCCACCUGUUCCUGUUCAACGACGUGAUCGCGUGCGCCAAGUACAAGGCGGCCGGCCGCGACCGCAACGGGUUCGAGUUCGAGCUCAAGUGGUUCAUCCCGCUGCGGGACAUCCUGAUCUGCGAGGAGAGCGCCAACGAUCCCAAAGAAACGAGCCCGAUCAACAUCGUGCACCUCAAGUCGCAGGCGUGCACCGUGCGCGACCAGAUCAUGCUGGACGAGAAGGACGAGCGGAAGGCACGGUCGAGCGGGUCCCGCGCCGGGGACAAGCACCGCAAAAAGCUGGCCGACCUGGAAGCGCAGCUGGUACUGGCUUCGCCGAAUCUGGUGUUCAAGAUCGGCAACAAGGCGACCUCGAAGACGAUGACGUUCUUCCUGAGCUCGGACUUUGAGCGGACGCAGUGGAUCGAGUCGAUACUGACGCUGCAGCAAUCGUGCAACCUGCCGGGGCAGACGCCGGUGCAGAUCUACGACCUGCAGGCGUGGAUCACCGCCUGCCAGGCGCUCAUCAAGACCGAGAUGGGCUCCUACCUGAUGCGGAACGCGCGCGACGAGAGCCUGCUCGUGGGCGAUCUGCACCUGACGAUCCAGGGCCUGGCCGGGUUCGAGCAGCCGUGCGAUCUGUUCAUCUGCGUCGAGAUCGACUCGUACGGGCACUACUUCCGGAAGGCCAAGACGAAGCUGGUGUGCCGCAGCGCGUCGCCCUGCUGGAACGAGUCGUUCGUGCUGGAGCUGGAGGGCAGCCAGAAUCUGCGGGUACUGCUGUACCAGGACGACGUGCAGCGCCCGAUUUUGCGGGCGAAGCAGAUUCUGAAGCUGAGUCGCCAAUGGCUCCAGGAGGCGCCCAUCACCAAAGUACUGCGGUUAUCGGAGACCCUCUCGCUGAACACCGUGAUUCGGUUCGUGCCGGGUGAGGUCACGCUGAGGCGGGUUCCGACGUCCAAGCCGGGAGCGCUCUUCGGGGCCAAGUUGGCACAAGUUAUCAAACGCGAGAAGCGUGACAUUCCAUUCAUCGUGAGCGCCUGCGUCCGGGAGGUCGAGCGUCGCGGAAUGGCCGAGGUGGGCAUCUACCGGGUGUCCGGCUCGGCGUCGGACGUGGCCAAGCUGAAAAAGUCGUUCGAGACGAACGCGUACGAGGCGGAGCAGCUGCUCAAGGAGGUGGACAUCCACUCGGUGACGGGCAUCCUCAAGUCGUACCUGCGCGAUCUGCCGGAGGCGCUCUUCACCGACCAGUAUUACCCGAAGUUCUUCGAGACGUUCAACCGGCACUCGAACCUGAACGAGGCGUCCCGCAUCGAGGCGCUGCAGAAGAUCUUCGCGGAGCUGCCGCAGCCCAACAAGGCCACCAUCCAUCUGCUGCUGGACCACCUGAUGAGGGUCCACCAGCAGGAGAUCGAGAACAAGAUGUCGCUGCACAACCUGGCGAUGGUGUUUGGGCCGACGCUGCUCCGGCCGGGCCCGACGGCCAGCAAGCAGAAGGACCUGCUCGAGUCGAGCACGGCGGACGUGAUGACGCAGGCCGGCAUCCUGUACAGCUUCCUGCAGGCGCGACUGAAGUAAGUGUGGUGGGUGAAAUAUUUCCAAAUUUCAAAUUCCAAUCAACAACAACAACAACAACACUGCUGCUGACAGAUAGAACAGGAAUAAUAAGAUGGGGUUUUUUUUGGGAAGGAGGAAAGGACCCUACGAUAUAUUUCUAUAUUACGUAUUACUGAGUAGUAUUUAUUACAACAACAAAUACGUGUGUCGUAUUGAUGGAAACGAGGCAGACUUUCGUUCCGCAAAACGGAAUUAUGAAACAAAAGACAGCUACGCGAUUUUUUCCUUAGAUUGUCAGUCACACAGUUUUACCCAGAUCGAUAGAGAUAUGUGUGGGUGUGUUGCUAAAUUUAUUAACGUUAGCAAAUUUAUAUUUUACGUGUAAAGAACCAACUUUAGUUAAAGAUAAAUUUCCUUUUGUAUCAAUCUCUCGUUUUAAGUGCUGAAAGCAAAGCUAGUUUUACGAGCGCGUGUUUGUGUUGAGCCACCUCUCCUAUGCAAUCCCUAGAGGAAAUCCUUUUGGGGGCGAUUUAUAUCUUUAUACUUUGGUGAUCGAACGCCAAAACUUAGUCAUUUCUCGCCGCGCCUGGUUUCGUCACACGUUUACGUUUACAUUGUGUACAUUUUUGCGCUUCCCCACCUCUUUCCACGUGUAUAUAUUUCUUUGCUUGAUUUGUUUACGCUUAGUUUUUAGUAGAGUGAAGAAAAUUUAAGUCAUGUUCGACUGGCCUUCCAGAUUGUGGUCGCGUGUGUUAUUUGAAUUUAACAUAAACAGAAAAAUCAAGAAUGUUUUCGAAUGAUAUGAAAGGGAUUACAAGCAAGCUACAGUACAUUCGCAUUAAAGUAUAUCGUUACACUGCAUAUUAAUAUAUAACAAAAAAGUAAACACAUGUGUAUUCAUUAUUGCAAUUUAUUAUACAAUUUGAGUUACUGUGUAAAACGAUCCUUGAUUUUUUUCGAGAAAAAAAAGCGUUAGUCAGAAAACCCCGAAUCCAACCGCAACUUUUAGAGACUUAGCGAGGUCAAUACAAUCAAGUAUCUUCUACAACAUACAUAUUAAACCAAACCGCCAAAAUACGCCGAACGAGACGCAUAUACAACAACAACUCCCAUUUGCAGCUUAUUGGAUACAAUCUUUAUACGGUAUAAACAAAAUGAUAGUAGUGAUAAUAAAGGGACUGUUUCGACCGCGUGAGAACAUCUCCAGUUACAGCGAUAUUGAUAUUUUCUCCGCCAAGAAAUUAAAAAUUGAACUUCACCCAAAAAAAACACAAACACGUAUAUAAACUGAAAAACACAUUUCGCUAGUAGGCGACGACAGCUGAAUUUAUCUUGUAGGAUUUUUCCCUUCAAAUAUUGAAAAACUGAAUAAAAACCAACAAUCUUUCGUAUUGUGAAUUUAA